AUGGAAGGAGGUAGAUAAACACAAGGUAUAUAGUUGGAAAAAUCUCCCAAAGACAAGAAUGAGUAUGACAUGUUCACACUGAAUAAUUAAUUAUAAGUCUUGCUUAUUAAUGACAACAACUAGAUUGAGCUAUAGAAGGGCGGCUAAAUGGCAUCAGUUUCUUUAUCUGUGAAUGCUGGUUGUUUGAAUGACCCAAUGCAUAGACAAGGUUUAGCACAUUUCCUGGAGCAUAUGAUAUUUAUGGGAAGUAGUAAAUACCCAGAUGAGAGUGCUUUCUCUACUUUCAUCUCAUCGCAUGGAGGGUAUUCAAAUGCCUACACAGAACUAGAAUUCACAAACUAUUACUUUAAAGUGGACUAUAAAGGACUAUUUGUAGCUUUAGAUAUGUUCAUGUGGCUUUUAAAAGAUCCACUUUUAAAAUAGGAUGCUCAAGACAGAGAAAUAAAAUCAAUUGAAAGUGAAUUUGAAGGAAAUUACCCUUAUGAUAGCUCUAGAAGGUGUUAGCUAUUGAAUUCAAACACUUCUGAUAAGCAUCAUAUCUAUAACAGAUUUACAUGGGGAAACAUCAAGAGUUUGACUGAGAAAAGCCCAGAUACUCUUAUAGAUGAUGUCAGAAAGUUUUUCAAUGAUCAUUACUCAAGUGAUAGAAUGAAGCUAGUGAUUCAAGUUAAAACAGACGAUUGUAUGAAUGAGUUAAGGGAGAAAGUUCAAGAAAUAUUUAGCUAAAUUGACAACAAAAAUUUAGGGCUGCAGAAUUUUCAUUACAAAUCUGACGGUGCAAUUGUGUAAUUACCUUAUGAAAAUAACCUAAACCAAAUGAUAGUAUUCAACUCAGUCAAGAAUACUAAUAACAUCUAAAUUCUGUUUACAUUCCAUAAAUAAAACCUAUAACUGACGACACAAGCAUUAUACAUAAUUAGUCAAUUAGUUGGACAUGAAGGCAAGGGUUCUCUAUAUUAAAAUCUUAAGUAAAAUGAGUAAAUUUUGUCUUUACAUUCAAGAUAUGACACUCAACAAAAGACUUUGUUCUAUACAUUUGAAGUAAGUUUGACAUUGACUGAGAAAGGUGUGAUUGAGUAUUAGAAUGUGGUUGCAGGUGUAUUUAGAUACUUUAAAAUAAUCUUAGAGAAGAUAGAGAGCACUAAAGAUUUCGAUGAAUUUGAUUUUUUAAGACAGAUUAAAUAGUUAAGUGAAGUUUGCUUCUAUUACUAUAAGAUUCCUGAUGCAACUGAUUCAGUAUGUGAACUUGCAAAUGAAAUGAUUUUUAGCGAUGAUCACUCUCAAAUAUUGAAGGACACUUACUCAGGUAUUAUAGUUCAAAAAAUAGAUCUGAAGCACAUAGUAGAUUUCUUAAAGUAAAUGACUCUAGAUAGUUGUAAAAUUGUCAUGAGCGGCAAGAACCUAUUAGAUAAAGAUCUCUACGAGAACAAGCUAACAAAGACUAAGACAGAAAAAUGGUUCAAGACAAAUUAUUAAAUAGUUGAGAAACCAGUUUCUAGCAUUAUCAACUAAAUUCAAAACUAUGAUACUUCAAAAUUAUCUCUCCCACUCACUAAUCCCUUGAUACCUGAAGAUUUCAAAAUAAAAUCUUAGGCGAAAUUAGAAAAGAAUUAAAUACCUUAACUGAUAUAUAAGGACGAAAAUCUCUAUGAGCUGUGGCUGCUAUAAGAUCAUACAUUCUAAAUGCCAAGAGCUAUUGUUUAGAUAGUAUUUAUGAUACCAAAUUUCUUUGAGACUCCAUUUAGAAGAGCGUAUUGGAGUGUAUACACUGAUACUUUGAUAGAAAAGAUAACAGCUGAGGUUGGAUAUGAGGCAUUAAUGGCAGAUAUUUCAUAUUCUAUUAAAGGAUUUGAAAACUUAGGAUUUAAAAUCAAGUUCUAAGGAUUCAAUGACAAGCUUUCUGAUUUUAUCAAGAUGUUCUUCCAAAUCAUGAAAUCAAUUAGAGAUAAUGGCUUUGAAGAAUUCUAUAUAAGAACUGCUGUUGAGAAGUCUAUUAGAUCUUUCAAAAACAUCAAUGUUGAAGUUGACUAAAAGACAACUAACAAUAGACUAAUUUACUUACUUUAACAUCAGUAUCAUGCCAAAUAAAUCCUUGAAGAACUAGAUAAAUUUGACUUACAAGUGUUCAACUAAAACUUUGUGAGGAACUCGAUUCUCUAGGACAUAAAAUACAUGAAAGUUUUUAUCGCUGGAAACAUUGAGUCUCAUGAUGCUGAAAUGAUAAGUUAAAUUCCAAUUUAUGAACUUAAAAUAAAGCCCCAACAGUUUAAUUUGAGAGAUUUAAAUGUAACCAAGAUAAGUCUUCUAAAAGACAAUGAAAUAGUUCAGUGGGACAGCAUUCACUUAUCAAAACCGGUAGAUGCAUAAGAUCAAGAUGAAUCAGAAAAUGAAAGUAUGGAAGACUUGACUGGAUAAUAACAAGAGAGUGAGGAUGAGGAAGAAGAAGAAGAAUCUGAGCAAGUUAAUCCGAUUGAGGAGUCAGAGAUAUAAUCCUAAAAUCAAGAUUAAUCUCAUACAGAAGUACAGAGUGAUAAAAACAAAAUUGAUGAAGAAAAUAAGGAUAGUUUGAAAUAAGCUGAGAGUGACGAGGAGAUGGAUGAUGAGGAGGAAAAAGAAGAGAAGAGAGAAAACAAUUCAUGCAUUCAAGUCUAUUUCUAAAGUAAAAGUCAUGAUCAAUUUACAGGUCUGGCUCUCUAGUUGAUUGAGUCCAUUCUUGAAGAGCUUUUCUAUGACGAAAUGAGGAAUAAAGAGCAAUUAGGUUAUUACGUCGCUGUAAGCAGAAGACAAGCCAGAGGUGUCUUUGCAUUACUAUUUACUAUUGAAAGUGCAGAAUACGAUCCAUUACAUCUUCAAGAGAAAAUUGAAAAAUUUAUUAAGGAAGUCAUUUCGAAAAUUCAAGAGAAAGAGGAAAUUUACAGAGAAUACUAUGAAGGCCUCAUUGCCAGAAAGAAGGAAGGAUAUAAGGAUAUCAAGGAAGAAGCAGGCUAUUACUUUGGGUAGAUGAGAGAAUUUACUUGUGAAAUGAGGAGUCUAUGCUGGGACAGAAUUGAUUAAGAGAUUUAAAUGCUUGAGACUUAAAUGACUAAGGAGAAAUUAAUAGAGGUUUUCAACGAUACUUUGCUAAAUUCACCUAGAAUAGCCAUUUUUAGAGUCUUUGCUGAGAAGUACAAGCAUUUAGCCAAGCAUCAUGAAUUUGAAGAAAUGGUGUUAUCAGGCGAUUAUAUAUCAGGAUCUUUGGGGUAAUCAAUUGACAUGUUUCUAAAUUCUUGA